AUGGAUCUGAUCCCUGCUUGUGAAGUGGCAAUGACUCCUGUAGGUCUGGAUGCCAUGCUGGCAGACCUGGUCUCCAUCUCCCCAAAUUCCACUGCAGUGGGAUCACCGGGUAUCUCCAUGUCAACCAGAACCCUAAUACUGCUUGUCUGUCUGCUGCUGGUCGCCUGGAGCCACACAGGAAAGAAAACCAUACCAGGUCCUUCUUUCUUUCUGGGUCUGGGGCCACUUCUGUCAUAUGUGAGAUUCAUGUGGACUGGUAUAGGCGCAACCAGCAACUACUACAACAUUAAGUAUGGAGACAUUGCCAGAGUCUGGAUCAAUGGAGAAGAGACCCUCAUAAUCAGCAGGGCAUCAGCGGUGCACCAUGUACUGAAGAGUGGACAUUAUGCUUCACGUUUUGGGAGCGAGCAGGGACUCAGCUGCAUCGGCAUGAAUGAGAGAGGCAUCAUAUUUAACAACAAUGUCGCUCUGUGGAAAAAGAUACGCACCUAUUUCAGCAAGGCUCUGACAGGUCCAGGUUUGCAGAGGACAGUGGAGGUCUGUGUCUCCUCCACACAGACUCAUCUUGAUGGCCUGGACACUUUGGGUCAUGUGGAUGUCCUCAGUUUGUUGCGCUGCACUGUGAUCGACAUCUCCAACAGACUGUUCUUGGGUGUACCUGUCAAUGAGAAGGAGCUGCUGUUGAAGAUUCAUAAGUAUUUUGACACAUGGCAGAGUGUUCUGAUCAAACCAGACAUCUACUUCAAGUUUGACUGGAUUCACCAGAGGCACAGGACAGCAGCCCAGGAGCUUCAAGAUGCCAUACAGAGCCUUGUAGAACAGAAGAGGAGAGAUGUGGAGCGGGCAGAUAAACUGGACAACAUCAACUUCACCACAGAGCUAAUAUUUGCACAGAACAAUGGCGAGCUGUCUGCUGAGAACGUGACACAGUGUGUGUUGGAGAUGGUGAUCGCAGCACCAGACACUCUGUCCAUCAGUCUCUUCUUCAUGCUGCUGCUCCUGAAACAGAAUCCAGAUGUGGAGCUGCAGCUGCUACAAGAGAUAGACACUGUUGUGGGUGAGCGGCAGCUUCAGAACGGGGACCUUCAGAAGCUGCAUGUCCUGGAGAGCUUCAUCAACGAAUGUCUGCGCUUCCACCCUGUGGUGGACAUCACCAUGCGUCGAGCCCUGUCUGAUGACGUCAUAGAUGGCUACAGGGUACCGAAGGGCACAAAUAUCAUUCUCAACACCGGACGUAUGCACCGGACAGAGUUUUUCCCAAAACCAAAUGAAUUCAGUAUGGGAAACUUUGAAAAAAAUGUUCCUCGCCGUUACUUCCAGCCAUUCGGUUCAGGCCCUCGAUCCUGCGUUGGCAAGCACAUUGCCAUGGUGAUGAUGAAAUCCAUCCUGGUGACGUUGCUCUCCCAGUACUCUGUCUGCUUCCAUAAGGGCUUGACCCUGGACUGCCUCCCACAGACCAACAACCUCUCCCAGCAGCCUGUAGAGCAUCAUCAGGAGGCCGAACAUCUCAGCAUGAGAUUCUUAACCAGACAGAGAGGUAGCUGGAAAACACCCAAAGACACUGAUAUAUGA